AUGGAAAAUCAUGAUCAACAAGUGGAGGAGCUACUAGAGGUGACAACUACAUCAACAGACACCAGCCCGAGAGACGAGGAGUGCUGCAGACCUUCGUGCGAAAGCUACUCUACCUGUAAAUGGGGGUGGAGAAGGAGAGCCAAUGACGCGAUCUGUGGUGCCGAGAUGAGCACGAAUCAAGCUGAUAUGGAGAGCACCCAAAGCAAAUGCUGUCAAAACACGUGUGGUGCUGCCAUGACCGACAGCGACUGCCCACGAAAGCGGAGGCUUUUUAAUCGUAAGCUAGUGUGCCCUGGCGCCGGCAAUCAGUGUACGACUACGAGAUGUUGCAAGACAAGUUGUCACUCGAUAGACUUCCGGGGUCAGUACCAAAACUACAAAGCAAAUUCCGACGAAAUCUAUCUUUGGAGGGCAAAUUAGCCUGCUGGAAGUCGAAUGCUCCUGCUACAGGAACUGUAAAGGUUUCUUCAUCACCGGAUCAUGCCAUUAUUAUGGCAACAAGCAGUGGUCCGUCGCCAUGGCCGAAUCCGAC